CGGCGCGCGCCCCGCCGCGUGCACUCUCCCAGGAGACUGCUGCAGCCUACGCUACCCCGGCCACUGCCUGCCGCCCGCGGAGCCGGAGCCUGAGCGGCGCCGGGCCCGACGUGGGGCUCCUGGGCCGUGGCGGCUGGCGGGCGAUGCUCCAGCGGUCUGAACAGCUAUGGAGGCCGAGGCAAGCGGCCUGGAGGAGCUGACGGACGAGGAGAUGGCGGCCCUGGGCAAGGAGGAGCUGGUGCGGCGCCUGCGGCGUGAGGAGGCGGCGCGCCUGGCGGCACUGGUGCAGCGCGGCCGCCUAAUGCAGGAGGUGAAUAGGCAGCUGCAGGGUCACCUGGGCGAGAUACGCGAGCUCAAGCAGCUCAACCGGCGCCUGCAGGCCGAGAACCGCGAGCUGCGCGACCUCUGCUGCUUCCUGGACUCGGAGCGCCAGCGCGGGCGGCGCGCAGCGCGCCAGUGGCAGCUCUUCGGGACCCAAGCAUCCCGGGCCGUGCGCGAGGACCUGGGCGGCUGUUGGCAGAAGCUGGCCGAGCUGGAGGGCCGCCAGGAGGAGCUGCUGCGGGAGAACCUGGCGCUAAAGGAGCUCUGCCUGGCGCUGGGCGAGGAGUGGGGUCCCCGUGGCGGCUCCGGCGGUGCGGGGGGCUCAGGCGCAGGGCCAACACCCGAGCUCGCCCUGCCCCCCUGCGGGCCCCGCGAUCUAGGUGAUGGAAGCUCCAGCACCGGCAGCGUGGGCAGUCCCGAUCAGUUGCCCCUGGCCUGCUCCCCCGAUGACUGAGGGUGCUGCUUCCUCCACGCCGAUGCCCGCCCGGAUUGCUUAUCGAUCGCCAGGACUGCUGCGGACCUUGGGACCUGGAUGCCACCCUGGCUGCGCAUGAGGGGCCGCUGGCAUUGGCUAAGAAACCCUGGCAUCGAGAAGGGCCCCUCGCUCUCGCUGGCGGGGCAGCAGGGGAACUGGAGGCUGGAGCGGAGGGACUGGCUGGGGGUUGGGUGGGAGCUAAUAAACCGGGACGGA